AUGGUUAAGGUGAAAGUGGAAUUUUUAGGAGGAUUAGAUGUAAUUUUCAAUAAGGAAAGAGUUCAUAAAGUGGAAGUACCACAAGAAGAUCCCGUCACAUUAAAAGAUUUAUUAGAUUACAUUAUUGACAAUAUGAUUGCUAAUAAGAAUGAUGUUCCUGUAUUUAUUGAGAAUGAUACUGUGAGACCUGGUAUUAUUACUUUGAUUAAUGAUACUGAUUGGGAAUUGGAAGGUGAAUUAGAAUAUGAAUUACAAGAUGGUGAUAUAAUUUCAUUCACGAGCACUUUACACGGUGGUUAA